AUGGAACCAAAGAAAGACAAGCCUUGGAAGAAGAAUUUGUACGAAAAUAACGGAUAUGAAGAUAAUUACACAGACGAAAAUUUUCUCAAGGAUUUGAAAAAAAACUACAAUAUAAGAGAAUUUACUUUUCUCGAGUGUUUUUAUGGUGUGACGAAAGUUAGUCAAGAAAUAUCGUGUGUUUCUUUAUUUCUGGUUAUAUUUCACGAUCUCUAUGUCAACACAAUUCAGCCACAAAAACUUCUUUUCAACUCGUUCGUAUUCACUGGAUUUGGUUAUAUUGCGUAUAUAAUUACUGACACAGAAAAAAUUCACAACGUGAUUGAGGACUCUAAAACAGUCGGUGUUGUUUUACUAUUUGGAUAUAUGUUUAGUCCACUUCUACAUACACUCACCGAUAGCAUUUCAACUGAUACAAUCUUUUUUAACACUUUCAUCAUUCUGUCCUUUCAUCUACUCCUUCAUGAUUAUGGAAUCGACGGAUUUCUUGUAUCAAAAACAGUCUCGUUGAACUGUGGAAUCUUUGCAUCAAUAUGUUUAGCUUCAAGAUUGUCGACAACCCAUCAUGCAUUUGUUCUUCUCGUUAUAUCUGCGGAAGUUUUUGUACUAAAACCUUUGUUGUUUGAGAAAAUUUGGAGGCCAUGGAUGCUGAUUCCAAUGACAGCAGUUACAAUAUUCUUCCUUCAAAAUAUCUCGCAACUACUUGGCUCAAUUUACAUCAUCAUUUUAACGUUCAUAAACGUUAUUUUUCCUUACAUUUUUCAAAAACUCACUCAUAAAAAAUGCACAAUCUCCGGUCCUUGGGAUGAAGCACUUAUCGAAGAUUUAAAUAAUGAGACAAAUAAAAAGUUUACAUAA